GGAAAAGGAACUGGUGAAAUGAGUUCGUAACUCUCCGCUAAACUCGGGAAUGUAACUAAACCAACUUUAAACUGGGUUAACCGUGUUCAACACUGAUCCAGGUGAUUGUGUCAGCUUUAGAGCAUGUCUGCGUCAGCUGUGUUCGUGCUGGAUCUCAAGGGGAAGGUGCUGAUAUGCCGCAACUACAAAGGCGAUGUCGACAUGUCCGAGAUCGACCACUUCUUCAACCUGCUAAUGCAACAGGAAGAGGAGGGGCUUGUUUGUCCUGUGAUGUCACAUGGCAGCGUCCACUUCCUCUGGAUCAAGCACAGCAAUCUGUACUUGGUGGCCACAACCAACAAGAACUCUAAUGCAUGUCUGGUGUACGCCUUCCUGUACAAGCUCGUGGAGGUGUUCACGGAGUAUUUCAAGGAGCUGGAGGAAGAGAGCAUUCAGGAUAACUUCGUGGUGGUGUACGAGCUGCUCGACGAGCUCAUGGACUUUGGAUUCCCGCAGACGACGGACAGCAAGAUUCUUCAGGAGUACAUCACUCAGCAGGGUAACAAACUUGAGGUGAGCAAGACCAAAGUGCCCACUACGGUCACCAACGCCGUGUCCUGGAGGUCAGAGGGGCUUAAAUACAAGAAGAACGAAGUUUUCAUCGACGUGAUUGAGUCCAUUAAUGUGCUGGUGAAUGCUAACGGCAGUGUUAUGAGCAGUGAUAUCGUGGGCAGCAUCAAGCUGAAGACUAUGCUGUCGGGAAUGCCAGAGCUCAGGUUGGGCCUGAACGAUCGUGUGCUGUUCGCCCUCACCGGCCGAGACAAAGGGAAGACUGUCACCAUGGAGGAUGUGAAGUUUCAUCAGUGUGUCCGUCUGUCGCGUUUCGAGGGCGACCGAACAAUCUCCUUCAUCCCGCCUGACGGAGAGUCCGAGCUCAUGUCGUACCGGAUCAACACACACGUAAAGCCGCUCAUUUGGAUCGAGUCGGUUAUUGAGAAGUUCUCUCACAGUCGAGUGGAGAUCAUGGUGAAGGCUAAAGGACAAUUUAAAAAGCAGUCUGUAGCCAAUAAUGUUGAGAUCCGUGUGCCUGUGCCGAGUGAUGCCGACUCUCCCAAGUUUAAAACCAGCACAGGUCAUGCUAAAUACGUUCCUGAAAAGAACUGGGUGGUGUGGAGCAUUAAAUCCUUCCCAGGUGGGAAGGAGUUUCUCAUGCGUGCCCACUUCGGCCUGCCAAGUGUGGAAAAGGACGAGAAAGAGGGAAAACCUCCGAUUACAGUCAAGUUUGAGAUCCCAUAUUUCACAGUGUCAGGCAUACAGGUACGGUACAUGAAGAUCAUUGAGAAGAGUGGCUAUCAGGCGCUGCCGUGGGUCCGCUACAUCACACAGAGCGGAGAUUACCAGCUGAGGACAAACAACUAAUAAGCACUGCAGAAACAUGACUGAGAUUUUUUUUUUUUUAAGAAAAAGACAUUUAUGUAAUGUUUAUGUCUAUGUUUUAGUCGAUUUUAUCCUGUCAGAAUUUCAUUAGAAGCUGAAUGUAAACAUUCCAAGCAUUUCAGGCACAAGAAUGUAUUUUCACAAGUGCUUUUGGCACCAAAUCAUAAAAUAUGUUGUCUUUCUGCAAUAAAUUAAAUAUAUUUGUCUUGCAA